GACAGCUCGCACCCACCGCUUUGCCGAGUCGAGCACUGCCCAAGAUGGCCCCAAAGCGCCCUGCCACAACCUUUACCCAGGACCAGCCCACCGACCGCGCAGCAGCAGCCCUCGCCGGCAAGCGCGUAAAGUUUGCCCCGAACAACGCCGACAACGUCGCCGCCGACCCCGACGCCGACGACCUCCAGCUCGACCUCGACCAGGACGGCGCCGGGCCCUCGCGCAAAAAGGGCAAGGUCACCACCGAGGGCUACGACUCGGACUCGUCGGCCGACUCGGACGGCGGCUUCGGCGGCGCAGGCGGCGGCCGCAAAGGGCGCGGCGUCGGCGCCCAGGCCGCAGAACCCGACACGCACGACGACGACGACGACGACGACGACAUGUUUGGAGGCGCACCAGAGCAGCGCGACACCGGCCUCGACACCAAGGGCAAGAAGAAGGACAACGAGUUCCUCGAGAUGGGCGACAUCGAGGGCCAGGAGUUUGGCAAGGGCGGCGACAGCGAUGAUGACGCCGACGACGACGGUGCGCUCGAGGACGAGGAGGACUACCUGCCCGAGGACGACGAGGCCAACGCCGACGAGGCGCCGAGGGGCCGCCGCAGCAAAAAGGGCAUGGGCUACUCGCUCAGCUCGUUCAACAUGAAGGAGGAGCUGUCCGAGGGCCGCUUCUCGGCCGACGGCACCUACACGGCCAACAACAAGGACCCGCUCGCGUCGCACGAUGUGUGGCUCGACGGCCUCUCGAAGCGCUCGAUCCGCGCCGCGCGCGAGGCCAAGGACCGCCUCGACCAGCGCCAGCGCGACAAGGAGCGCGACGAAGCGAGGAGCGACGACCAGUUGACCCAGCUGCGCGACGACUGCAUGAUUGGCCUCGUCGCGCUCGUCAGGCCGGGCGAGACGGUCGCGAGGGCCCUCCACCGCCUCGGGACGGCCAAGAAGCGCGCCGAGGCGACGGCAUCAGCGGCGACGGCGGGCGAGGGCAAGGGCCACAAGGCGUCGAGCUCGACCGGUGGCGGCAACGACGCCAUGGACCUCGACGACGGCGCGCCCAACCCUUCCACCUCGACCUCGAUCACGUCCCCCUCGACCGCCUCGGCCCCCUCGCGCUACGCGUCGCGCAUCAACCGCCUGACGCACUACGCCUCGACGCUCCUGUCGCAGCACGGCGAGCUCGAAAUCUACGACGCGUCGCACGAGCACCUCGUCGAGACGCUCAAGGGCGAGGGCGCCGUCCGGCGCGACUGGCAGCCCCCGGUCGACCCGGACCUUGCCCAGGACGAGCUCGAGGCGGGCGAGGCGGCCGGCCGAGAGCGCGACGAGCGCGAGAGGGCGAGGGACGAGCGCGCUCAGGCCAUGGGCAGGUCGCGCGUCGUCAUCGCGCGCCCGACCGCCGCGGCCUCGUCGUCGUCGGCGGCGACGGCCUCGAACGGCGCCGCAGGAGCGCGAGGAGCGGCGGGCGAGCCCUUGUUCUGGUACCGCUGGAAGGAGGCGCCGGCGGGCCAGUCGCCCGACCAGGAGUACGGGCCUUACGACCGCAAGACGCUCGCGACCUGGGUCGCCGGCGGCUUCUUCGGCGACAAGGAGGACGCGGGCAGGAUCGUGCUCCGCCGCGAGGGGCAGCAGGGCGCGGCGGGAGCGACGGGCGCGCACGAGUGGAAGAGCUGGAAGGAGGUGCGGUAGCGUCCUCGAGCGUGCAACUUUUGAGUCGCUUGCCGAU